UCUGUCAGAGCAAAGUGUCCCAAGGUGUUAGGGACUGUAUUUGCAUACACCUGAUCCUAAAUGAAUGUGAGUGCUUUGGAAAGCCUGAUGCAUCUCCACAUCCCAGCGCCCAGGUGAGGGUAUCUGGUGCCCGGCAGGUGUUUGCUGAACGCCUCAUGACUGCCUUUCAGGCCAGCGAAGGUUGUUGUGAUAGGGUCAAGGGAAGGGUCUCUUUACAUCGCAUUCAACAAGGGGCCAAUCCUACUGGCGCAGGCAAGGAGGCUGCUCAGCGACUGACGGGGAAAUGAGGGUGGGGUGUGGGCACGCGCUCCGGAGGCUGCAGGCGCCAUGGGCAGAGUGAGGAACCGCGCCACUGCUCAGCGGCGCAGGCGAAAGCGGCCCGGGGAUCCUCCCGCCGCCUGCGCGGCCAUCGCGGUCACGGGCGCCAGCCGCGCGCAGUACCCCCGGGUCCAAGUCGGGGUCGGGAGCCACGCGGCGGCCAAGAGGUGGCUGGGUAGGUGGCGACGGAAGCGCCGCUGGCGGCGGGUCCGGAAGGCGGGCCCCAGAGACCUGCUGCCCUCCGCGCCAACCCCGGACCCGCCGGGUCCCGCCCCGUCCCCCAAGGAUCUGGACCUGGGCGCACAGCGGGAGCGCUGGGAGACGUUCAGGAAGCUGCGGGGCCUCAGCUGCGAGGGCGCCGCCAAGGUCCUGCUGGACACCUUCGAGUACCCGGGCCUCGUGCAUCACACCGGGGGCUGCCACUGCGGCGCGGUCCGCUUUGCGGUCUGGGCCCCUGCAGAUCUGCGCGUCGUGGAUUGCAGCUGCAGGCUGUGCAGGAAGAAGCAGCACCGCCACUUCCUCGUCCCGGCCUCGCGCUUCACGCUGCUCCAGGGCGCAGAAAGCAUCGUCACCUAUCGGUCCAACACGCACCCGGCGCUGCACAGCUUCUGCAGCAGGUGCGGGGUGCAGAGUUUCCACGCAGCUGUCUCUGACCCCCGCGUGUACGGCGUCGCCCCGCACUGCCUGGACGAGGGCACCGUGCGCAGCGUGGUCAUCGAGGAGGUCGGCGGUGGCGACCCGGGGGAGGAGGCCGCCGAGGAGCACAAGGCCAUCCACAAGACGUCCUCCCAGUCAGCCCCUGCCUGUCCCCGCGAACAGGAGCAGUGAUUGGGGCCGCAAGCCCGCCUGAAACCGGCCCGGGCGGCCCGGGCGGCCCUGCGGGGAGCGUCCGAGUACCUGCACAGAUCCCAUGCUGUGAAAGAGGUGUUUCUGGCCUGGUCAAACCGCGGAUUCCCUUCCAGUAUUUGCCCUUCCCCUCCGCUAGUUUUCAGUGAACUCGCUUACGAUCCAAAUCUUGAACACACCUUUGUCUGCGUAGUACAACGUUAAUCUUGCAAUUCGAUAAGGAAGAAGAGUGUCUCUGAUUUUUCAAACCAUCCAUUGUAUCUCUCGCUUUUACUGUUUUGCCUACAGUUGUCACAAAUCACCUGCAGAUGAUUCCUGUGUACUGUACGUUCCUGGUGCUAUUGUGAACAGGCUUGUUGUUUUCAGCGCUUUGCCUCUGGUGUGUAGGACGGCAACACACAACCAGUUUGUAAACAUGUGCUAGGAAGUCUUCCAUUGAUUAUGGUGUGCGUGCGCUCCCGCACCUGUGAGUUUUAGGUAGACGUUCAUAUUUGCACUGCUUAGAUUCGAGUUAUGCUAUUUACUGGUUUUUUAAUGAUAUAUUUCAAGAUUUGGUCGUGUUACAUACCUCAUUACUCUUUAUUUCCUGUAACAGCGAAAGCUGUUACUAUUUCGCUUGUUGUUUGGAAAGUGUCUCUGGGUAAGGAGAUGGGGAUACAGGAAUGAGAAAGACAUCUGUGCACACAGGAAUGAGAAAGACAUCUGCGCACUGUCUGCCCUCUUUAAUCCUUUGAAAUACCUGUCUUGUACAUGUGUUAAGUAUAUAGAAAUCAGUAAAUACCUUCUAGGAAA